ACAAGGCAAAACUAGUCGAUCGUGGCUGCAACCAACAUAUCAACUAAAUCCUCCUCAACUCGCUUCAAAUCAUGGUGUUGCUAAUGGACUUGACGCAACUUCUGCUCAUGUGUAUUUCAGCAUAUUCGUCGUGGUUCGUAAGCUACCGACCCUAGGCAGUAAUCUUAAUGGUUUAUCACCAUAAUCGCAGUUACUUACAGGCACAUAUAUCCUGUUGAUUUUCUCCUGAGAUAUGAAUAUCAAGAGCGCAAAGUUCGAUGGCGCCGUUCCAUCACGGAGGCGGGUGCCUCUCGCCGAAAGAAGCAACACUGUCUCUCCCCGUCGUUUCGCUCGCUGGUCUCGCAAGAACUCAGAUGUUUCAGCUUCGAGUCGACACGAUUCAUUAUACGACGCUGAGUGCUUAUCGGCUACAAGGGUCCAGAAAGUCUCUCCACGACCAAUCCAAAUACUCCCGUAUCGUCGACCUAAGCAGAUAGAGGUCGAAGAUCUGCGUACAGAAUCCCCUUUGUCGCGCCUCGAGACUACUCCGUUCAUUUACGGUCAUGGCACGGCACUCCAUCCUAUUUCUGAGCAGCUCAGCGUUACUACUCUGCGAACAGCUAGCUACGCAACCUCUGACGUGUCCUCCCUAAUGCACAAUGCACCAGGUCCCCUGAGUAGGGCUGACGGUAACCGUACCAUUCAUCAGCCUCUACGGAACCGUCAAUCAUACAGUCAUGACGAUAUAAACUGUGCAGAGAGCUCUGUGGAGCGCCUCAACGUUACCGUGGACGUCAGUGUGACUCGGCUGACUGGGGAGGAACCAAGAUCAUCGGUUGCUGGACUGUGCAGGAGGUGUGAUAAGCCUACGGUCUUCAAAACUUGGAAUUGCGGACGCUGCACUACGGAGAGAAUCACUUCAAACUGUUGCUUUGGGUUUCUGAGACUAUUUGAACCGUCGUGAGCCACAUAUAAACAUGCACAAAGCCACCGGAUAUGUAUAGCUAAGAACAAGGCGUAAAUUUCUGAGAGGCUUUGGCAGAUUCCCA